CGGGCCGCCGCGCGCCCCUUUGUCCGGGGGGGCCCUCCAUGCCGCCGCGCCCCGCCCGCCUGCGCCCCGGCUCGCCGCGCAGGGCUCUGUCUAGGCCCCAGGUGCCUGCCCUGGCCACCUCACCCGCAGUUGGAGAAUGAACCAGCCGCCGAGGAUGGCACCCGUGGGCACAGACAAGGAACUCAGCGACCUCCUGGACUUCAGCAUGAUGUUCCCGCUGCCCGUGGCCAACGGGAAGGGCCGGCCUGCCUCCCUGGCCAGCACCCAGUUCACAGGCUCAGGUCUCGAGGAACGGCCCUGCUCGGGCUCCUGGGGCACCAGUGACCAGAACAGUUCCUCCUUUGACCCCAACCGGACCUACAGUGAAGGCGCCCACUUCAGUGAGUCUCAUGGCAGCCUCUCUUCGUCCACAUUCCUGGGACCCGGCCUCGGGGGCAAAGGCAGUGAGCGGGCUGCAUACACGGCCUUUGGGAGAGAUGCUAGUGUUGGCAGCUUGAGUCAGGCUGGCUUCCUGCCAGGCGAGCUGGCCCUCAGCAGCCCUGGGCCGCUGUCCCCCUCAGGUGUCAAAGGCAGUGCCCAGUACUACCCUUCCUACCCCGGCAACCCCCGGCGGAGACCCGCGGAUGGCAGCAGCCUGGAUGCGCAGCCCAAGAAGGUCCGGAAGGUGCCGCCAGGGCUCCCGUCCUCGGUGUACCCACCCAGCUCAGGUGAUGACUAUGGCAGAGACACCGCUGCCUACCCAGCUGCCAAGACCCCCAGCAGCGCCUACCCUGCCCCCUUCUACAUGGCUGACGGCAGCCUGCACCCCUCGGCUGAGCUGUGGGGCCCCCCAGGCCAGGCGGGCUUUGGGCCCAUGCUGGGCGGGGGCUCCUCCCCACUGCCCCUCCCGCCUGGGGGUGGCAGUUCUGCAGGAAGCAGCGGGGGUGCGUUUGGCGGGCUGCACCAGCACGAGCGCAUGGGUUACCCGCUGCAUGGAGCCGAGGUGAAUGGCGGACUACCUGCUGUGUCCAGCUUCUCCUCGGCCCCUGGAGCCACCUACAGCAGUGUCGCCGGCCACACACCCCCCGUCAGUGGAGCUGACAGCCUCCUGGGCUCACGUGGGACCACGGCCGGCAGUUCCGGGGAUGCUCUUGGGAAGGCACUGGCCUCGAUCUACUCCCCAGAUCACUCAAGCAAUAACUUCUCAUCCAGCCCCUCAACCCCUGUAGGCUCCCCACAGGGCCUGGCAGGGAGUUCCCAGUGGCCCCGAGGAGGGGCCCCCGGUGCCUUAUCACCCAGCUAUGAUGGGGGUCUCCAUGGCCUGAAUAAGCUGGAGGACCACUUGGACGAGGCCAUUCACGUGCUGCGCAGCCACGCCGUGGGCACGGCCAGCGACAUCCACAGCCUGCUGCCUGGCCAUGGUGCACUGGCCUCAGGCUUCACUGGUCCUGUCAUGCCGCUGGGCGGCCGGCACACCAGCCUGGUUGGAGGUGGCCCCACGGACGACAGCCUCUCAGGCAGUGCCAGCCUCCUACACAACCACGUGGCCCUUCCCAGCCAGCCCAGCACCCUCCCUGACCUCUCGAGGCCACCUGCUGACUCCUACAGUGGACUCGGGCGGACAGGUGUGGCCUCAGGUGCCGGUGAGAUCAAGCGGGAAGAGAAGGAGGACGAGGAGAACGCAUCGGUGGCCGACAAUUCCGAGGAGGAGAAGAAGGAGCUGAAGCCCCCCCGGACCCGGACCAGCCCAGAGGAGGACGAGGACGACCUUCUCCCCCCCGAGCAGAAGGCCGAGCGGGAGAAGGAGCGUCGCGUGGCCAAUAACGCGCGAGAGCGGCUGCGGGUGCGCGACAUCAAUGAGGCCUUUAAGGAGCUGGGGCGCAUGUGCCAGCUGCACCUCAACAGUGAGAAGCCCCAGACCAAACUGCUCAUCCUGCACCAGGCGGUGUCGGUCAUCCUCAACCUGGAGCAGCAAGUGCGAGAACGUAACCUGAACCCCAAAGCAGCCUGCUUGAAACGCCGAGAGGAAGAGAAGGUGUCCGGCGUGGUUGGGGACCCCCAGAUGGUGCUGUCGGCUGCCCACCCGGGCCUGGGUGAAGCCCACAACCCCACUGGGCACAUGUGAGGUCCAGGCCACGAUGCUCCGCGAGGCCCGAUGACCCUGAACACACAUCUCAUCCCCCAGCCCCUCACCCGGGGCCGAAAAGGAGCAUUUUUUGGGGGGUGGAGGGGAAUGAAAUGGAAAAGUGCGCUAGAAAAUACACACUCUGAGAAGAAGAAGAAAAAAAUGCCUUAAGUAUCCCACACGGAGAGUUGAAACAUAUCACGUCCUGGAGGGGAGACGCGGUGCGAACCUGGCUUGUUCUCCAAGAGCCACCAGCAAAUUGUGCCUAAGCCUAAUAUUUUUUUUAAGGAAAAUAAAAAAAGAAUGUUAGUUAUGAGAUUUUUUUUUUUUUUAAACGUAGAAGAAAAGUAGCGAGGAUGUUGCCUUUGGUCUCUUUUAAAAAAUUUUUUUUUUUGCAUAUGUUUUGUAAGCAACAAAUGUUUUUGUAUAAAAGUCUCGUGUCUCUUGCUA